AUGAAAUUUGGCUGCCUUUCCUUCCGACAACCCUACGCGGGAUUAGUUUUAAACAAAGUCAAAACAGUAGAGACUCGCUGGCGUCCUUUGCUAGCGAACUACAAGAACUGCACCAUUGCUAUCCAUAUAGCUGUUAAGGACUGGGAAGAUGAAACAUGGAGAGCAAUUCUUUUAGAUAGGUUUGGUAUGACACCAAAACAAGUGCAAGAUUUGUUGGCUGAAGGGGAAAAAUUUGGCAGAGGAGUUAUUGCAGGAUUAAUUGACAUUGGAGAGACAUCACUAUAUCCAGACAACUUGCCUCCUGAAAAGAUUUUGGAGCUGGAAGACAAAGCUGUCCUUAGUAAUCUAGAACAGAAAUACUUGACUGUUGUUUCAAACCCAAGAUGGCUCCUGGAACCGAUUCCGGCCAGAGGGAGGACAGGUGUGUGGCAGGUGGACAUCCCUGAAGAACUGAUCCCUUCAUAAGCGUAGGUGCUGCCCCUUAUGAUUAAUUUUC